ACAAAUCCAGCUCAAAGCUGAGUGUGGACCAAAAAGUGAGCGGGGGCGCAGAGGAGAGAAUAACAGCAAGAAGAGAUGAGUGGUCAUACGCGGCGUUUUAGCCUUUAGUGUCUACAGUCCAGGAAACGGAUGGUGACCCAGAACCUGAAUAUGCAUCAUCUUAGCUCUACUGGAAGUGCUCAUGUCUUGGACUGAUAUUUAGCAAGCUAUUACGUUGCAUCCCUAUCCGUUUCCUCCUCCUCACACUGACGUCCAUCCGCUGCAAAAGCAAGGAAAAAAAAAACUUUGAUUACACAUUUUUCCUGCACGGUAAGCGCUUGCCUCUGGCUUUACCGGUAAGCAUUGGAUCCGUCAAAUUACUGCGACUCUCCGGUGUAUAGCCCGGACCUCUGCCCGAACAUGAUUGCGACGCAGGCAAAGCUGGUUUACCAGCUUAACAAAUAUUACAACGACAGAUGCCAAGCUCGCAAAGCGGCCAUUGCGAAGACUAUAAGGGAGGUUUGUAAAGUGGUGUCUGAUGUCCUGAAAGAAGUGGAAGUGCAGGAGCCCCGGUUUAUCAGCUCCCUCAGUGAGAUAGACGCGCGCUAUGAGGGGAUGGAGGUCAUCUCCCCAAAUGAGUUUGAGGUGGUGCUUUACCUCAACCAGAUGGGGGUCUUCAACUUUGUGGAUGACGGCUCCCUGCCUGGCUGCGCGGUGCUGAAGCUGAGUGAUGGCCGUAAAAGGAGCAUGUCGCUCUGGGUCGAGUUCAUCACCGCCUCGGGCUACCUAUCGGCCAGAAAGAUCCGCUCGAGAUUUCAGACUCUGGUGGCGCAGGCCGUGGAUAAAUGCAGCUACCGUGACGUGGUAAAGAUGGUUGCCGACACCAGCGAGGUCAAACUACGGAUCAGGGAGAGGUACGUGGUGCAAAUCACCCCCGCAUUCAAGUGCACUGGGAUUUGGCCUAGAAGUGCAGCUCAGUGGCCCAUGCCCCACAUCCCCUGGCCCGGCCCGAACCGGGUGGCAGAAGUGAAAGCCGAAGGUUUUAACCUGCUCUCCAAAGAGUGCUACUCUUUAACGGGGAAGCAGAGCUCCGCAGAAAGCGACGCCUGGGUCCUCCAGUUCAGCGAGGCCGAGAACAGGCUGCUAAUGGGAGGCUGCAGGAAGAAGUGUCUGUCCAUCCUGAAGACUCUGAGGGACCGUCACCUGGAGCUCCCAGGACAGCCCCUCAACAACUACCACAUGAAGACCCUGCUGCUGUACGAGUGUGAGAAACACCCGAGAGAGACCGACUGGGACGAGUCUUGCCUCGGAGACCGACUGAAUGGUAUCCUGCUGCAACUCAUAUCCUGUCUGCAAUGCCGCAGAUGUCCCCACUACUUCUUGCCAAACUUGGACUUGUUUCAGGGAAAGCCUCACUCAGCCCUGGAGGUUGCUGCUAAGCAGACUUGGAGACUGGCGAGGGAAAUCCUCACCAACGCUAAAAGUUUGGACAAAUUAUAAACUGAUUGUCAAGACUGCGACGAAAGACAUUUUGGGAUAAAAUUCAAAGACUAUUCUACAACCAAGUCUCCAAGCAAUGUGAAAAAAAUAUCAGCAAGAAAAUAUUGAAGCGAACAAACCACAAAACCUUUUUUUUCUUUUUAAAAUGGAGCAAUUGGGUCCCUGCCGAGAGAAAGUGAAGGUACAUUUUCAAAUAAAUGUAAAAAAUUUUAGUUGUCUUCUUUAAAUGUUUUCACAAAGUGAAGAAACUUUUAUUUAAAUAUAUGCACAAAAUCGUUAAGUGAAAGAAGAAAAUGUAGCGUGCCAAGUUCAAUUUUUUCCAUUAUGUGACUUAAGAAGAAAUGUUAAUAAAAUGUUGCAAAUUAAA